AGUAAAUAGAAAAUAGAAAAGAUGGGUUGUGGUGCUGCAAAACCAAUUAAAUAACAUAGUAAACAAAAUUCUCCUUGUUCUCACAAAAAAGAGAAUUAGCCAUAAGUAUCGCUGAUGGUAGAAAGUGAAAAAAUAGAAACAGAUUAUAUUUUCCACGCUUUGGAUCCUUUAGUGAGUAAGUUAUUUAUAUAAUAAUAAAAAUAGGUCGUAGAAAUUAUAUAAAGAAGGCAGUUUCUAAGAGUAAUAAUGCUAGUCGUAUAGUAAAGGUAUACAAUUGUUUAAAUUUGACAAUUUCUGAAAAACAAGAAUUAGAAAAAAUAGUGCAUGUUUAAUUGCAGAUUGUAAGUCUUAUCACAUAUUUAAGAAACAUUUAAACUUAGUCAAUCUAUAAUCAUAUUAUUAUAAUGAUAAUAAAUUAUAUUUAGUGAGUGAAUUUUGUGAAGGAGGCAAUCUUUUAGCCUGUUUGGAUCAUUUUAGUAAACUACAACAAUAUAAGAUGAUAGAUGUGUUCUGUUAGAUAAUGGCAGCAAUAAGAUAUUUACAUAAUUAAGGCAUUGCACAUGGGUAUGUUAAGUUAUGGCAUUUUAGAAAUAUCUAAUUAGAAAGUAUAGUAUUUACAGAUAGAAGCAUGGAUAAUGUAAAGUUAAUAGAUUAUGGUAUUUCUAAUUCUUUGAAAGCUGCUUGUUUAUAAUGGAGAGCAAAUGGAGGGAUCUAAGAAAUAUCUUUCAAAUCACCUGAAUCUUUAAAAUAAUCAACUCUUUUAUCUACUAAAUCCGAUAUAUGGUCAUGUGGAUGUUUAUUGUAUUUCUUUUUAACUUCUCAUAUGCCAUUUUAAUCAAGAGAUGUCUAAGCAUUAAAAACUGCUAUAUAAAGAGGAAUAGUUAAUUUUGAAGGAUCUGAAUGGAUGAAUAUCAAUCCAGAUAUGAAAUAACUUGUUAGUAAAAUGCUUAGUUCUAAUCCAUAAAUGAGACCUACAGCAUCUGAAGUUAUAAAUAAUCCUAUUUUCUCUAAUAGAGCUAAAAUUAUUACUAAACCUAAUAAAUAACUUUCUAAACAUAUGAAAGAUUUUAAAGUAUAUCUAUUUUAUUUCUAUUCUAGUAAUAAUCAUAAAUGUAAAGUGCUAUGUUGAAUUAUAUUGCAGAAAAUAUGUUAUAAGAAUAAGAUAAAAAAAGAUUAAUGGAAGAAUUCUAAAAAUUUGAUCUCAAUAAAGAUGGAUAACUUACUAAAGAAGAACUAUUAAAAGUUUAUAAUACUAUGUAUUCAUCUGAAUAAGCUACUCAAGAGGUUGAAGCUAUAUUCUCGAAAAUUGAUUAAAAUGGAAGUGGAAGAAUUGAUUAUUCAGGUAUCUUUAUUUUAUCAUUCUUAGAAUUUGUUAUUGCUACAAUAGAUUAAAAAAAAUAUUUCAAUAGAGAAAAAUUGCUCACUUUAUUUCAAUAAAUAGAUAGAGAUCAUAGUGGAUAAUUAAGCAAAUUAGAAGUUAAAAAAUUAUUAAGAGACAUGCAAGUUCCUUAAGAAAAACUUGAUCAAUUAUCUAAAUAGUUAGACCAUGAUGGAGAUGGUCAAAUUACUUAAGAAGAGUUUUUAUAAAUUAUGUCGUCUAUUGCAUGA